AUGGACCGAGGUUUAAUCGGAUAUACGACUACAAACGGAACAGGUAUCACAGCCCACUCCAUGAUUCUCUUCCACACUAAUCUCCUGGUCCAGCAACAUCUUUCACAUGCCCUGAUGGGUUCCCAUUUCGUACAGGGCUACUCUGGUGCCUGGGGAUGCGAUGGCCCAUGCACCUCAAUUGAGGUCUACAGGUUCUACAACAAUGGAUUUGGAACAGGCCGCCAAUGGUUGAUUAGUUGCGAACAGUUUCUUGAGUUUCCUCAAGGGGUCAGUACUGUAUUUAUGGAAUCACCUAGGAGUUGGGCGACUACAAGUGCAGAGUCUACUACGACAAGCGAGGCAUCGGCCACUGAAACGGAAGAUAGUUCGGCCAUCGAGUCCGAGUCCAGCAUCGCUCCGAUGAUUGCGUCUCGUCCUUUCAAGGCUUCCGAAACCAGCAACAUAACCCCGACAGAAGUUGUAACCAAUAACAAGGGGCCUGAUGCUGGUGUUAUUGCUGGCGCCGUUGUUGGAUCACUGGUUGGCUUGGCCGUUAUCAUCGGCUUUAUUAUUAUGGCUUUUCGCAUGGAGAAGAAGAAUGAAAAAGAUGGUCAAAAUCGAGGACGGUAUUUUACAAACAUCUUUCCUCGCCUGACUAUCUCCUGGACAACACGGGAUUCCAAAGAAGCUGCCCCGACAGUCUAUCCCAUCGAUACAAGUAACAACCAGCCGGGGCUCAUACCUACGGUAGAAGAUAUGGAUCACAAUCUUCCACCAACCUACAUCUAUGGGUCGACCAGAACAGAGUUGGCGACGGCUACAGAACAGAAUGAACAACAACAUCUUGCUUCGGAACUGGAGUCUCAACAGGUAAUUGAUCAGAAUCGGGUAUCUGAGCUCCCCUCUGCUUAG